UAUAUUUCUCAGCACCAUUUUAGUUCAUUGAAACGGUUAGUCAUUUCGAAAGCGUUACAAUUCAAUAAAAUGUAUUCGAGAAUACUUUAAGAAUUUUAUUUCCUGGUCUAAAAAAUCCGUGAAGGCGAGGCUACAGCGUCGCAGAAGAAACAGCAGCCAUUUCAACAACAGCCACAACUUGGAGUAGGCUCAAUGGCGAAUAUGGCAUGGCAAUAUCCCUCGCCAAACAAUAUCCAUAAUAUGUUUUCUCCAUAUUCAGGACAAUUGUAUGGACCAGGGUAUCAAAGUGUACCUCAUCAAGGACAAACAUUUAGUUAUUAUCAUGCAAUGAUGCCUGGAUAUGGACAACCUUUUACUCCACAGCAGAUGCAACAGCAGCAGCAGCAACAUCAACAACAACAACAGCAACAGCAACAGGACAACAAUCAAGGAAAGCAGUUACAUCAGCAACCACCAGUACCUGGAACUCCAAUGUCUUUAGAUGAUGAUUCUGAACUUCCUCCUUUACCUCCUGGACCUCCACCAUCUGUGCAAACAUCUCAACAACACAAUAAUCAAGUACAACCAACAAUACAGCCUCAUCCAGGUUAUAUGUAUAAUGCAUUUUCAUAUGGUACUUGGAAUGGAAUGCAUAAUGAUAUGUCUCAAUAUAAUAAUCAAAUUCGUUUCAAUGUAUACAACAAAAAGAAUGGUUUAACUUUUCUCUCUCCAUCUGGCAAUAGUGGAGCUGCAAAGAAAAAACGUAAGCGGAAUAAAAAUUUAGCAGCUCAGUUCAACAAUAGCUUUCAGGCAAACAGUUCAACGACGAAUUUUGUACCGGGUCCUAAUCUGAAGACCGAGUUACCACCUUUACCUCCUGCACAGCGUGAAGUAGUGGCUCCUCUUCCACCAACUGAAGAAUCCUCCACUCCUACUACACCCACUAUCACAACUGUUAAUAAUACAAUUCCUAGUGCUGGUACACCAGCUGUAGGUACUCCCUCUAUUGUGACAAAUCCCAGCCCAGUUGGUGAUUGGCCUGACAGCUUGAAGAAUUAUGUAAAUAGGUGUUAUGAAAAAUGUAAAACAGCAGUGGACAAGGAUCAAGUUGAGAUUAUAUUAAAAGGAAAAAUUACGCGUGCCGCGAAUGAUGGCUCACUUUGGGUGAAAGAUUGGGACCAAGAACCUUUGCCUAGCAUUCAUAGUGAACGUAUGACUAUGACGAUAAAACCUCAAAAACCGGCCUUGAAAUUAAAUAAUUUACCAAAUCCACUGAUAAAUGCACAGGGAGGCUUGCGCAAGCCAGGUCUCUCCACUUCUCUCGGGGCUCGGCUUGGCGCUCGUCUCUCUGUGAAUUACAAACGGUCAAGGUCGAGGACUAGAUCAAGAUCAAGAUCAAGAUCAAAGUCAAGAUCGAGGUCGAGGUCGAGAUCGAGGUCAAAGUCGAGGUCACGUUCAAAUACACGUAGCCCACCAUCACGAAAAUACAGACGUAGUACAUCAUCGUCGUCGAACGUUAGUGAUCGGGAACACGAUUAUAAAUCAUUAAAAACGAAAAAAUCUAUUAAAAGCAAACCAAGUCACAACAGCAAGAAAACAAAGAAGACUAAACAGAUGAAAUCACAUUUCUAUUCAGAAUUUGGUUUAGCUACAGGAAACACUGAGGAAUUAGGAUCCAAGGAGAAAUUACAGCAACGUGCUGCAAGAUUUAACGAUACUAUUUCUAGGACAGUCAGCAAUGGUGUUAAAGAUGAUUCUUCUACAGAUUUUGAUUUUACUGGACUUCACAUUGUUGGAAUAUGCAAGGAUAUAGAGAAACCAUAUUUACGUUUAACAUCUGCUCCAGCUCCCUCCGCUGUUCGACCGGUAAGUGUACUCCAAAAUUCUUUGGCACAUGUCAAGAAACGUUGGGUGGCUGAUCAGGACUAUAGAUAUGCUUGUGAUCAACUUAAAUCUAUUCGUCAAGAUCUUACCGUCCAAGGUAUUCGAGAUGCAUUUACAGUCCAUGUAUACGAAACACACGCUCGCGUCGCUCUAGAAAAAGGAGACCAUGAAGAAUUCAACCAAUGUCAAACGCAAUUAAGGAUGUUAUAUCAAGAUGUUGGUGGAGAAAAUCGAUGUGAAUUUAUUGCAUAUAGAAUAUUAUAUUAUAUUUUCACGAAAAAUACUCAAGAUUUAACAACCAUUUUAGCAGCUUUAUCAACAGAAGACAAGAAUGAUGAGUGCAUAAAGCAUGCAUUAAAAGUACGUUCAGCAUGGUGGUUAGGCAACUUUCAUGCCUUUUUCAAGUUAUACACUUCUGCUCCAAGGAUGGCAGCCUUUUUAAUGGAUUGGUUUGUUGCAAGGGAACGCAAGAAUGCACUGAAGAGCAUGAUAAAGUCCUACCGGCAAAAUUUGGCGGUUGAUUUCAUCGUAGCAGAAUUGGCCUUUGAAUCUUUGGACAAGUUUUAUGAAUUUGUCAAUGAAUUGGGGUUGGUUUAUGCUGAUCCUGAACAACAUCUAAUCGACUGCAAGACAAGCAGUGGUUCUGUAGGUGCUUGGUAAAAAAGCAACAUCACUCUUUUUUCGUGGAAGAUGUAUAAACAAAAAUCAUUAUUGUGCACAUUCAUAGGCACAAAUUUGUGUGUGUAUAUGCAUAUGUUUUCCAAUUAUGCAUAUGUAGGCUUAACAUAUGCAUAUGCAUGUGCAUAUAUUUAAUUACACAUUGAUCACUGAUAAUUCUUACCAUCCCCUAAUCAUUGUUCUCUUCGUUGAUCGACGCUACAAUAGUCGAGCAACAAUUUGUAAAUGAAAGUUUUCCCCGCAAUAAUUUGUACAUAUACGUGUCUCAAUCUCAGCCCACCGCAAAUGAAGAAUGCAUUUACAGGCUGAUGUGAAUUGUACAAAAAAAUUAGGAUGACCGUUUUAAAGUCGUCCGUAACUACCUCAAUAGAUUUCGGUAUGAAACCGAGUUCGUAGUAAAUUACAAAAAGAGAAAGAAAACAAUAGAAAGUUAUCUUCAGAAAACGAAUACUUCUUGUUUGGUCAAAACUUCAAAUUUCUUUGGUCACAGCUGAUCGAUUCUCUACAAUUUAUUCAUAUAUGAAUUUUUAGUCUUAUCUCUGGUAAUUCUUUUUCCAAACAAGAUCCACUAAAAGAAGUCGGAUUUUUUUAACUAUUUAUCAAAUCUUUUGCUCUAUACAAGGAUCUACGUUUCGUCAUUUCGAAGAACUAUCGAUUCGUAAUUAUUUCUACGAUAAAAAAUAUAAAGAAUUGAAAUCAAUGAAAAUGAAUAUAUGUAAUUACUAUGAAGGGUUUUUUGGUAAAAAUUAAAAUUAUUGAGGGUUUGACAAGAAAUUGGCAUGCUCGACAUUUCGUUGAUGAAGAAAGAAGAGAAGAAACAUGGGAAGACAUCAACAAGUUUUGAUUUGGUGGUAACAACAACAUGAAAUAUAUGUUCUAAGAAAAAGAAAAUAUUCGAUGAAUCGUGUUCAAGAAUCAGCAAUUAGAAACUUUUAACGGGACAAAUGCAUAUUGGUAUCUAAAUCAUUCUCGUGUGUGAAGAGUGAUUAUUUUUAUCUUUCUAAGUGUUUACUACAGGACAAUGUUUUUUUUCCUUAACAGUUUGUUGUCGAUUCUCGAGUGUCGAGAAUUUUAUCUUUAUGUUUUAUCCAAAACACAGGAGUACAGAGGUAUAUAAUGAAAGAAGAAAGAUUUCAUUGUACGAUCACAUUUGAAUAUAGUGUUGUACGUAAUAAAUUAUUUAAUUUUUGAAUAUUA